CAGUCACAUCUUAAAUUUCCAGUAGGUAUUGUUAAAGCAAGAAACAAUAAUGAAAUACCUCUACAUGGUAAUCUUUCUCUCAUCAGCUCUAAUUUCGCUCGCAUCGUCCCAAGAGACUUGCAAAUGUUGGGACGGAUGGACCCCCGAAACAGACGACCAAGGUGAUCGAUGCGUCGGCCCAGAGGAGGAUCAAUUUUUCCCCUGCAACACCGAAAAACCGCCCUCGUGCGUUUGCAAGGACAAAGCGACAGGCAAGGACGAAGUCCAAAAACCCGGUGUCACCUACUGCGGCGGCUACAACCACGAGUCACUGUCCUGCGGUCCCAUGGGCCAAUGGGAGGCAUAUUUCAGCAAAUAUCCGCAGUUUAGGCUGCAAGUGGAUCCGGCGUUGCCACAGGAUCUAACCCCUCCAUUGCAAAAUAAUUAAUAUAGGUAUUUGUUGGAAUGAACAUUGUAUAAAACCUUCCAAAUAAAAUUGACUUUUUAAAAGCAGGUUUUUUCGUAAUAAAUUAUGCACUAUCAUAUCUAGUUAUCCGGAA